UGCGGAUGGAAUUUUUGUUGGCCAAUACAUCAUAAACACUUGUGAUAGUGUGCUUGUUCACAGUGGUGGAGUGCAUGGUGGUCACUACUAUGCUUUUAUUAGACCAGAUCUUUCUGAACAAUGGUUUAAAUUUGAUGAUGAGCGGGUGACAAAGGAAGACAUGAAGAGGGCGAUAGAGGAACAAUAUGGUGGUGAAGAGGAGGUAAUUAUUGUCACUAUUAUGAGCCCUUCUUUUCUCGGUUUCAUUUAUCAAUUUCUUUAUUUAACUCUAUUUCAUUUUCAGUUACCACAGAUGAAUCCUGGCUUCAAUAACACUCCUUUCAAGUUUACAAAGUAUUCAAAUGCAUACAUGCUUGUAUAUAUCCGUGAUAGUGAUAAAGACAAAAUAAUGUGUAAUGCAGAUGAGAAGGACAUAGAAGAACACCUUAGGAUAAGGUUGAAGAGAGAACAAGAAGAAAAAGAACAACAGAAGAAAGAGAAAGCAGAGGCUCAUCUGUAUACUAUUAUCAAGGUGGCACGAGACAAGGACAUGAAAAAGCAAAUAGGAAGGGAUAUUUUCUUCGACUUGGUUGAUCAUGACAAAGUUCAUAGCUUCCGCAUUCAGAAACAGUUGCCCUUCAGUGUUUUCAAGGGGGAGGUUGCCAAACAAUUUGGUGUACCUGUUCACUUUCUGCGAUUUUGGUUGUGGGCUAAACGACAGAACAACACAUACCGCCCAAACAGGCCUUUAAGUACUCAAGAAGAAGCACAAUCUGUUGGGCAGUUGAGGGAGGUAUCUAAUAAAAUACAGAAUGCUGAGCUUAAGCUAUUCCUAGAAGUAGAACUUGGACUGGAUUUACACCCUUGUCCUCUACCGGAUAAAACGAAGGAAGACAUAUUGCUUUUCUUUAAGCUUUAUGACCCUGAGAAGGAAGAGCUUAGAUAUGUUGGAAGAUUGUUUGUGAAGGUGCUUGGAAAACCUGCAGAUAUACUGUCAAAACUGAAUGAAAUGGCUGGCUUUUCACCAAGUGUCCAAAUUCAGCUUUACGAGGAAAUAAAAUUUGAGCCAAAUGUGAUGUGCGAAUGUGUUGACACUAAUGUUCCUUUCGAUUCUAGCCAGCUGGAAGAUGGUGAUAUUAUAUGUUAUCAGAAAUCGUUUCCAUUGGGAAGCAAUGAUCAAAUCCGUUAUCCUGAUGUUCCAUCUUUUUUGGAAUAUGUACGUAAUCGACAGGUGGUUCAUUUUCGAUUGUUAGAGAAGCCAACAGAAGAACAUUUUAGCAUAGAGUUGUCAAAGCUUGAUUCAUAUGAUACUGUUGUAGAAAAAGUAGCAUACCAAAUUGGUCUGGAUGAUCCAUCAAAAAUCCGACUUACACUGCAUAACUGCUACUCUCAGCAGCCUAAACCUCAACCCAUCAAAUUUAGAGGGGUGGAUCAUCUGUCUGACAUGCUUGUCCAUUUGUCCCUGAGUUCUGAUAUACUGUACUAUGAAGUACUUGACAUACCAUUACCUGAACUGCAAGGUUUAAAAACUCUGAAAGUUGCAUUUCAUCAUGCCACUAAGGAUGAGGUUGCAAUUCAUAGCAUAAGGUUGCCAAAAAAUAGUAUUGUUGCUGAUGUAAUCAAUGAUCUAAAGACAAAGGUUGAUCUUUCACAUCCUAAUGCUGAUCUUCGAUUGAUUGAGGUUUUUUAUCACAAGAUAUACAAGAUUUUUCCUCCUGAUGAGAAAAUAGAGAACAUAAAUGAUCAGUAUUGGACAUUGCGUGUAGAGGAAAUUCCAGAGGAAGAGAAGAACCUUGGUCCCCAAGAUCGAUUAAUUCAUGUAUACCAUUUCAUGAAAGAUUCAAUUCAGAAUCAGAUGAUUCAGAACUUUGGGGAACCCUUUUUCAUGGUUAUUCGUGAAGAUGAAACUCUAGCUGAAGUGAAAGUACGUAUUCAAAAGAAACUUCAAAUUCUAGAUGAAGAAUUCUCUAAGUGGAAGUUUGCAUUUGUGUCUACGGGUCGUCCAGAUUACUUGCACGAUUCAGAUUUGAUCUCAGUGUGUUUUCAGAGAAGAGACGUUUAUGGAGCUUGGGAGCAGUACCUUGGUCUAGAACACUCAGACACUUAUUCAAAAAAGGCAUAUUCAGCAAAUCAGAAUCGUCAUACUUUUGAUAAACCAGUAAGAAUCUACAACUAAGGUCUCUGGGUUGCAAUCUUCUUCUAACUCAAAGAAUGUCAAUGCCGAAGUUAUAGCAUGAGAGGCCGUUGAGAUCCUUGAUCUGAAGGCAGCACACUACCUGCCUGCUUGACAGCACUCUCAGCCAGGUUUGAGGCAACCAUGAAACUGGAACUAUGCUUUCAUUAAUGAUCAUCUCUUUGGACUUUUUAUGUGCUCGUUUGCCAAGGUCACCAAUUUGGUUGCAAUUACUUGUUUUAUUGAAACAUGAUGCCUAAAGAAGAUUAGAAGAAAAUCUACAAAAAAUGCUGGUCCCUUCUUUUUUUAUUCUUGUCUCUGCUGUAAAGGGGGUGUAUAUAUCACUUUUAAAUGGUGGUUGGUGUUGAUAGUAAUGCGUGGUUAUGUAAAAAGAAUCGCUGUCCCUUUUUAAUGCCACAUUGUUCCUAAUAAUUUUUUUCCCCA